UCUCAAUUAUGUUAGCCAUGACCUUCAGAAUCAUGGUCAUAAUCACUUCAUGUGUUUGCUCCCUGAGUAUUCUUCCUUAAUAGCUAGCCGAUAUCCCUUGAUCUGGGAACCACGACGUUUUGACUGGGUGACAAAAGGUCCGGUGUCCGUAAACGGGAUUAGUCCAAUCAGUUAUUGUAAAAAAGGGGUCUCCAAGUGUCACUAUUUGCAUUUGUAUAGAACCAAUGUGGUUUCCUCCAGUUAGUGAUAAUCCCACACCUUUCAACAUUGAGAGAGAGUUGCUUCCUACUGUAAUAUCGGAACCAUCAUCCAAAACAUCUAGUUUAUCUUCAACUACUGGCACUUUGGACCGUGAUUCUUUAAAGGAGAACUGCCCACAAUAUACCCCACAAAACGUCAGAUACCAGCACUAUCCAGUUCCGAAGGUCAGAUGCUUGUCAUUCCCAUACCAAACACUUCCCUCCUGUGGGUCGGCAGUGUAUUUGUAUACGUGGUCUCUCCCAAGGAGUGACAUAAUGACUCAGCUAUGUUCACUUGCCGCAGCAUGUUUCCGAGAUACAAGCACGACCGUCGGACUUUUGUUUUCUAAACCAAUAUCCAAAAAGGGUUACGUUUGUCGAAUUCCCCUCUACCUAACUCGCGGUAUGGCUCGUUCACGUGUUCGAUUAACUGGAAAAUUUACACUAAGUGAGAAAGAAUUAAAGUGUGUCGAAUCAGCUCAUCAUGUGAUAGCCGAAUUAAUCACAAAUAUUGCUCAUAUGUCUCAUGUGGGUUAUAAACCAUCAGAUCCUCUUCUCCGUGCCCAUUUCGAUAGACAAAACGCUUCAACGAAUAUCCCCGAAUCUCUCCGCGUCGUACUUUUUGAUCGAUUUGGUGACUUAUCAUUCAAUCCCGAGAAAGCAAAUAUCCUGUCAUUGGUGACGUUGAUUCGACUACCAGAUUAUACUGUUGACUAUGAAGCACUCGGCGCACUUCUAGAAUGGUCUCUUUGCCGAGAUAAAGGAAUUUCAACAGCUGAUGAUAAUUUUCCGACACAUGUUAAACCUGUACAUGGUAUUGUGCCUAAAUGGCGAAUUCGAUUGAGUCAAAUACCUCAAGACAAUUGGGUUGGUUUGGUCGUCAAACCUAAUCACUUACCGGAUAGUGAUCCUGGUAUGUUUUCCAUCUCAAAAGUUAGUUCGGAAACUGCUUCAAGUCCUGCUCCGGAAACUCUUGCUUCUAAACUUGGUGAUAUUCAGAAUGUCAAAGGCUCUUCUCCUCUAACUUAUUCCGACUACUAUAGAAUUAAAUAUCAACAAAUGAAAACCAUAUCUUUCACAAUAGAUCCCUCACUACCAUUGUUCGAAUGUCUGAGAAUAACACGUCAUCAAAAUUCGACUCAAGUUAAUGCGGGUCUGAGGAAAAAUAAAGCAUCUAUCAAACCAUCACUGUUCCUAGCUGAUGCUUGUUUAGUGCAUCCAUUGUCAUCAUGGAUUUGGUUUCAAGUUUCCUUGUUACCAUCAAUUCUCUACCAAAUGUCACGAGCGUUACUAGCUUCACAACUGUUUACAGAGUUGAAUUAUGAACUGAAAAGUCCUCAACCAUUCUCUCAAAUCCGAAUAAAUUCAUUAACUAUAAGCAACGAUUCACUUUCUCAUACAACCAUACUUGUCCCUGAUCGUUUAAGUGUUCCUGUUUUUUUGAAUGGUGAACCAAUGGAACAAAACAUCUUUGAUUUUGAAGUGGAUAGAGCAACUUCAGAAAUAGAUAAAGAAUUGGAUAAUAAAGCCCAUAGCGAAAGUUUAGAGAAAUCUACAAUUUGCCCUCACCCUAAUAAUUUGUUUGAACCAACUACAUUACUCGGAGCUCGAGAUGCAGUAGAUCUUGAACGUUUAGAAUUUUAUGGUGAUUCGUUCCUGCAUUUCAUAGCUACAUUAUGUGUUUAUGGCACCAAUCCACAAGAUGCUGACGAAGGAUGUUUAAGUUCUAAAAGAGGUUCACUCGUAUCGAAUGCUCAUCUCUGCGAUAUUGCUUGCGACUUGAAAUGGUAUGAAUAUUGUACCGGUCAAACAUUUUCGCCACCAGAACACUUUUUACCCCCAUGCUACUCUGUUGCAUCGGAGGCUUGUAAAUAUGAUCCACGUCUGUAUACUCGUUUAACAGAUAAAUCUUUGGCGGAUAUGGUGGAAGCACUUAUAGGUUGUUUCUUACUACGUUCAGGACUAUCUGCUGCAUUUAAUUUACUUCAUUAUUUUCAAAUAUGUCCAGUGAGUUGGAGUACCUUAAAAAAUGAUAAGCAUUACAAAGUUGAAGCUCCAUGGCACUUUUUUUUACAACCAAAAUUAUAUUCAGAACUAAAUUGUGGAAAUGCUCUCAAUGCUUCAUGUAGAUCCUUACAUAUUUCUAAGGAAAUUAUACUGGAAUUAAAUCAGAGGUUUUUCCAUUUACAAGAAAAGCUAGGUUAUUAUUUUAAAGGAAUUGAAUUACUUGCGGAAGCUAUGACUCAUCAGUCAUCAAUUAAUAAACAAUAUUGGGGGAAUUACCAAAGGUUAGAAUUUCUUGGUGAUUCCAUUUUGGGCCAUAUUAUCAGCAACUAUCUGUUUCAAAAAUGUCCUAACUCAUCUCCAGGUGCGCUGACUACUGCAAGAUCUGCUGUUGUCAGUAAUAUUAAUUUAGCUAAUGUUGUUGUUGAGCAUGACAUUCACCCGUUCAUCGAUUUUGGGAAUUGCAGUCUGAAAGCAUGCAUUGAUGAUAUAAAGAGUAUCCAUCGUCAAACUGAUUCACAUUUUGAACGUAUCGAGGUAGACUACUACAUCUCUUCUAUAGUUUAAUAUUUUUUGCUUAAUAAAAUCAAUAUGGUUCACUGAGUUUAUUUUAUAACAAAUUAUGUAGAUGGCUUAAAUGUGGCUUAAUAUUUUUAGUACAUUCUAUUGUGUAAUAAUUUCUUUCUCUAUUUCCUAUAUUAAUUGAGUUAGUACAGUCAAUGGAUGCUAAUUACUUAUUUUUAGAAAUCAAUGAAUAAAUUGUUUUAUUAGAAAUGGUCAGUAUUAAUGUAAUUGUGUCCACGGUUCGAGACUAAAACAAAUUUUUUUAGAAAUUCGUUUUGUUGUAAAAGUAGCUUUCAUGAUGGAGUGCCACCAGGAGGGGAUCUAUUUAGACUCAGGAAGCACUAAAUAUUUGUUUUAUUCUAGGUUGGAACUCCUCAGAAGUAUGGGACUGGCGAUUCUUGCCUGAUCUCAAUGUUACGUAAAACAACUUUGUAUCAAUAUAAACAGUUGAAUUAAUACUACAACUAGUUGAUUGGCGAUUCGAUUAUUCCGUUGUUGAUAUUUUGGCUGAAAUUUGGUUAGUUUUCGUUGACAUAUGUACAUCCUGUGCGAACUGCCUCUGAAAAGUUUCAAAUACGACGAAACGCUCGUUCUAGAUUCCACUGCAAGCCACAUUCCAUCCAUUUUAUACUAACUUGUUAAUAAUAAUAUUUGUAUUCCACAAUUAAUUUCCCUUAUCAGCUUCAUGAUAGUGAGACGACUCAAAACACUGAUAUCAACAAUACGAAUACAUUCAUUCUUUACCUUUUGACAAGUGUUGGGCGCAAUAUUAUUUCCUAAUUACAUUCAUUUUUUUCUCCUUUUUAUUUCCAAUUACUAUUAAUCUUUUGAUCAUUAUUUCCUUAAUGGUUUGUCAUUAUUGAUUCUUAUUAAAAUGUUAUCCUCUUGAAAAAUUUACUCUUGAUAUAUUUAACUAUUUUGAUUUUUUUCCAUCAACGUAAACGUGUUCCAUUCUCGCACCAAGUUUUAAAUAGAAGUUAUAUUUAACCGUUUGACUAUCAUAUUAUGUUUUGAACCACUAAUUGAACGAUAUGUAUUUACUAAAAUACAUGGACUAAGGUUCAUAUGAGCAUCGAUUAGGUUUAUUUUUAGUUUUUUUGACGUAAUAGAAGUGUUUCUUUGAAAAUUCUUAUUUGCCCUAUAACUAUUUCUUUAGGUACUUUGAUUGUCUUUAUAUUCCACAAUUUAUUUAGCUAAUUACAAAGAAGGUUUCUUCGGGACUCAAUGUCAAGGUGUUAGCUGAUGUGUUUGAAUCGAUUCUCGGUGCAAUUUUUGUAGACAGUAAUGGUAAUCAUCAAGUCGCGUCUUCUAUUAUUCAUCGAUUCCUGGGUAAAACUAUGAAUUCUGUCAUUACUAAUUUACUCGUUCAACCAGUCAAUUUACCAUAUCCUGAUAUACGAUAUAACAACUCAACUGCUAUGUCGCCAAAGUUACAUGAAAAUAUUCAUGAUUCGGUUACAUCGAUUAAUGGUAAGCGCCUAUGUGUGACGGAAAACACGGAAAAUUGUUCUCGUUCCCGAGUUGUUGAAGGAUCUUGAUGCAUAAGACAACAAAUAAUUCUGAUGAUCAAAUCAAACACUAUUUUUGUUGAGAUCUAUUUUUUUUUACAAACAUGCUUUGUAUCACCUCUCGUAUUUGUAAAAAAAAUUUUUAUUUUCUUAUUCACAAUGGUUCUAUCUAAAAGUAUACAUAAUCAUUUUAAAUAGUAAAUAAUGCAAAUUAUUCAUAACCGA